UCAUACGUCUGCAGUUUUAAGUUCUAUCCACCUUUCGUCGCCCCUCUGUUGUCAUAAUGAGAAGCCAAUGCCAUAAAAACGGGGAGCAAGCAUUUUUAGUGGAAUUAUUCGUAAAUGCGUCGUCAUAGUCUGCGAAGCGCGUCACCUCGAUUCGAAGCCAAGACACCGCUGUGAGGAAUUCUAAAUUCACGGCGUGAUAAGAGACGUUCAUUCACCCGAAAUUUAAGGCACAUAUAUAAUGUAAUUGUUACAUAAUGCAUAUUCAUUCGGGGAAAAAAGUAAAAUUUAAGGAAUUGCCGUAGACAAACAUGCAUGUUUUACGUUUGUCUAGAACAUUAUUAUUUAUAUUCCUGCGUAUAGUAUAUAUCACCUUGAUUAAUAUAGCCGGCCAUGUUAACGCGCUGUCGCGGUUAAUUAAGUCAAGAUCAUAUUGAUUUUCAUCAUGCAUGGGAGCACUUAAAUUGAGCCGUGGAUGUAUUCUUGUCCAACUAUGAGGCCACAGAGCUGUAAGCUCGCUAUGAACCUGUCGAGGGGCGACGCGAUUAAACUCCUCCCGAUCGCCUUGCAACCCGAACAGUGCCCCGUAGCGUAAAUUUAGCACGAAACCCAGCUAAUCUGAUAAUACCGGUAUUCAAAGGUCAUAGCGGUAUUAACUGAGCGACGUUCAUUGGCUGGCGGACCGUGGGCUGAUUCGGCCCAGCUGUUAUCUAAUACCGACAUUAACCGGCACAAAAGCCGCUUACGCUACUUCUAAAUCCAUACACUUAAUCCCCAAUAUUUUGAGCAGUUUCAGCGCAGACAAAACCAUCGUUAUCAAAGCUAUUUUAGACAGUCGCAUUCGUGUUAAGGUAAAGACUGUCAGAUACUCUGCAAAGAUGGACAUACGCGCACUAAGGCCGCAGUUUAACAAGAAACGCAAACCGAACUGGUCUGAGAAUGAAAUUAGUUUCUUGCUUCGAGAAUUCGAAAAACACAAGGUGAUAUUGACGUCUAAACUGUGCGGUGAGACAACGUCGCAACAAAAACGUCAGUUAUGGAAGCUGAUAUGCGACGGUUUGAAUGCAAGAAACCCUUACGUGAAACGCACAACUGAGGAAGUGAGACGCAAGUGGAAAAACCUAUUGUCUGCUUCGAAGCGAGAACUUCUCGAGUCGAAAAGACCUUACGUAGAAGGGGGUCCACCGCCCAGACCUAUCUCAAGUAUAAGCAGACGUGUUAUAAAACUGCGGGGUAGACCUACUGUUCGUAGUGCACAACAGUCUUCGUACAUACACCCUGCAGCGGCAGAAGUAAAUGGGGAAAGUCAGGCGAACUCCAACUAUAACCACGGACUUCCUACGAUGGUGCAUGUUUUGAACCGUUCAUCCAACAACCAUAUCGACGAACCAGAGGAGCUAGACGAAUUGGACGAUGAUCUUGAUGAUGUGGACUGUGAUGAAUUUGACGAUGGAUAUGAAAAUGAGGAGCGCCUGCACAAUGGGAACAACACGAAUUCGGCGCGAUAUUCACCGAGAAAAGAAAAUUUGCCCACCACAAUUACAGAGACAAAAUUCACACCGAAUAAUAAAGAGCACGAGAUUCACAUGAUCGAACGACAGGAUGCAGAACCGGCAGAUAAUCUACAGAUUCAUGAAAUUUCAAAUCACACUGAGGUAUUUGCAUCGGAGGUUUCUCCCCGUAUUCAUAAUGACAACGAGCAUACGCGCGCAGUUCAAAACGGAGGCGGAAGCAUAGAUCUUAGCAAGUCAAACGAUGUAUCGUCCAGAUCCAGCUCUCCGUACUCAGACAUUGGUCCCCAUAACGCACCCGAGAGUGCUAUGUUAAACUUUCGUCACACAAUGCCUGAUGGGUACCCGAUUUUCACAACUGGAGGUUUAAUUCACCCUGCUUACGCGAUGUACCAUCCCGAGCGAAUCCAAGCGGAAGAGGGAUUACCUCACCAUCCACGAUCGACGGAAACGGUACACGAAAAUGGACAAACGGUAGCGGAAAUCCAAACUGAAAUGCUAAGUAUCCAGAGAGAUAAACUCCGGUUGGAAAAAGAGGUGCUUGAACUUUAUAAAGAACGUAUGAAAAUGGAAGUAGAAUGGUGGAGAAAACGUUUGCAGCGAUCAAAUCUUGAAACAAAUCAGUUUAAAACAAACAGCCACACAUCUUUGAAUUCUGCCGCAAAUCGUUGAAAUUUCUAGUCUCAUUUGCUCCAGCCUCAAUCGCACUACACUCAAUUUCGAAUGUUGAAUGUGAUUAACUUGUCACCUAACGAUUUGAAGUCUUUGAAAUGUUUGUGAUAGCCUAAUCGCAAAUUUAUCAAAUCCGUCGAUGCAUCAUUAACACGAGAACUAUUCGGAAAUCGUCAAACUGUUGUUGCACUGUUGGUGAUUUGAUUAAAAUUAAUUCAUAUCGCUUUGACGUUGACGUUAACCAAAGAUGUACAUACGAACAAUAUUGGACGCUAUUGUAAAUCAAAAUUGUCACGCCUUGUGUAUAAAAGAAAAAAUCUUGGAAAAGGAAUUUGUAUUGAAGUAUGAAAAAACGGGACACUUGCCCGCUUACGGUUCCCGCACGGACUACUCCAACAUGCAGAUGUUACUUAUGGGCGCCAUGGAACCUGGGAGACAUUAUAAAUCCUUAUAUGUUCAUGUAUAUAGCCGGCCAAUCCCAUUGGCUUCCGAUCGCUACUACUAAGGGCCUAUGUAUGCUAAAGAAAUUACAUUGGUAAAUAAUUGCAUCAGUAAAUUUUAUUCUUCAGUAGAAAUUGAAUAUUGAUCAUAUUCGUGUUGGCAACGUACGGUCAGAGGUUCGAAUCCCACCUUUGGGCAGCGUACUUUUAUUUUCGUUUGUCAUUCACUGCCCAGGGGUUAAGGAACAUGAUAAAAUGAAAAUGUUCUAUGUUCACUUACUUACCUACUAUGAUUUUCGGUCAUAUUUGUCCAUAUGACAAAUUGAAUAUAAUGACUAAUGACCAGGGUAGGCCUAACGUGAAGCGUUUAACGUGAAACAUUUAUUUGAAAGUGAUAUACAAG